AUGAAUAAAGCCAAAGUUUCUAGCAGCAAACAGACAUCUGCUGUACUAAAAAAGCAAUCUGUUUCCAGCAAGUCCUGUAUCUGUUCUGUUUGCACUUGUGGUCAUCACAAGCUUUGCAAACCGGUCACCACAAACGACUCUCCGUUCGAUGCUCAUACUGUGCGUGAAACAGCUACUGCAAUCAGAUCGCAUCUAGUGAUUGUUUUUAAUUGA